CAAGCUGGCAACAUCGCAUCGCGACUUGAGCCGGCGCUCCUCCACUUCCACAGCAUGCGCAGAUAAACCCCUCACCUCCAAGCUGCAGACUAUGGCGAGGAGUCUAGCGAUGAGGAAUACUGGAGGAAAGAGAGGGAUGGGAAGGAUGCGGAGCAGAUGGGGGACAGCGAUAUGUGUCUUGGGAAUUGUGAUGGCGAUGCUUGGGCUGGGGCAUGCGGAAGAGCACAGCAAAAUCCCGCUUCCGAGUUACCACUACGGAGCUAAGAUCCCGGUCGAGUGUUUGAAUAGGAGCAUAGAGACGGGAGAACACAUCUCGAAUGAGAAGAACGAGUUACAGUAUAUCCCGUUUCCGAUCUGCGAGGAGACGGGGAAGCCGUUGGAGUUGGCGUACGGGGUUGAAGAUGACUUCAACUGCACCAUCCCCCUAAUAACCGACCCCUUCUUCCACCUCCUCGAAUUCUACAUCCACAACGACGCGCCUCUCUCCUGCCGCAUACCCUCUCGCCCACCAGCACACAUCCACCCACCCCACAACAACAAGCCCCUCCCCCCCGAAUUCAGGCAGGAAUACGUGCCCUUGAUCUUCGCUCUCGCCGGCACAUUGCAACUCAGCCACCUCCACGUAUCCACCCACCUCAACCUCCUCUUGCAUUCGACGCCCAAGCAUCAUCUCCAUCCUCAUGAUAGUGGAGUCAUCGAUUCUGGCGCCGCGUACUCUACCUCGCCAUUAUCACACACAACCGGGCCCGCAGCCCUCACCAAGAAACUCGUCAUCGGCGAUCCUCUCCCCUUACAGUUAUCCGUGAGAUGGUUCCCCACCCCCCACCUCCCGAAAACGAAUGGCAAGGUCGAGUGGGCGGGUAUGGGGGGACACUUUUACGCGAGCACGUUCUUUUAUUGUGUUGUUAGUGCCGGCGCUGGUGCCGUCGGGAUGGCGGUUUGGGCGUUUGGGGUUGUGUUGCCGAAACGGCUGAGGAGGAGGGCGUUAGGGGGUGCGACGCCGCUUGGAUAUGGGGUUGGAGGAGGCGUGGGAAAUGGGUGGGGGAUGGGGAAGAGGGACUGAGUUGAUUCGAAUUGUAUUCGUAGUUUGGAGAGAAAGGGGAGGAAAUAUAUGGUUUGAGAUUCGGCGGAGAGAGGAUGGAGGGCAAUUGGAGUUCCGAAGCAAGCAAGUUUAAGUGUACGAGUCAUACCAGAACACUGAGGAUUCAAGAAUGGAUCGACUAGGAUAGUAAGUCCUCGAUUUCAACAAAGAAAGAAAUAUAAUGCAAUAAUCACCACCACCUUGAACUCACUCGCCCCCCUCUUGUGUUCCGUCCUUUCCUUGCAUUUAUUCUCCUUCCCACUUCACGUACACCUCGGAGAUUCGUAGCUCAAGUGAUCCACCUCACCCUCCACUGGC